GAAAGUUUCUUGCCAGGUACUAAUUGGAAAAGAGGAUGGACCAAGACGUCUAGGGUUCGCAUAUAAAACUGAACAUUUACACGUCUCCAUCAUACUGCAUAUACACAAUCUGCGCUAUAGUUUGACAAGAUGCUUGAAAACGAUGUAUCGACGUGCUUCAUCUUCUACAGCACGCUGUUAAUUUUAAAGAUGUACAUCAUUGCCAUCAUCACGGGGCAAGUGAGACUUCGGAAAAAAGCGUUCGCGAAUCCCGAGGAUGCCGUUAGACACGGAGGUGUGCAGUAUUGCCGCAUCGAUCCUUACGUGGAGCGCUGUAGGAGAGCACAUCACAAUGACAUGGAGAACAUUUUCCCCUUUUUUUUCCUAGGGGCCGUAUAUUCCAUGACUGGCCCCUCAUAUUCAGUAGCACAGAUUCACUUUCUGGUGUUCUUCCUGGGUCGAGUUCUUCACAGUGUGGCAUACCUGUUAUCAUUUAAAGCACCAACACGUUCAUUUGCCUACGUCAUCGCUCAGGUGCCUUGUGUUUCCAUGGCAAUACAGAUUCUUGUGGAUGUAGCCUCAUUUGCAUAUCGCUGAACAAUAUGGAGUUAUGUGACCGGUCAAGACUUUUCAGAAGUUAUAAUUGUGAUGCAGGACGGUGCUUUGAUGACCUUUUGAUUCAAUUGUAUGAAUUUACUUUUCAUUUUGAGAUCAGACUCAUGCUUUAUGACUGACAAUGUGUAGCUCUGCUCUUAAAUCUGAAGUAUGUAACUUUUUCAGUGUGGAAAUACAUUCUCCUAACCCAGCUUAAUAUGCAGACAACUAUAAAUAAGCCAUUCAUAGGUUAAUUUUCUCAAAAACUGUAAGCAAUGUCUUUCUGUGGCACUUUGAAAAUGUAUCUGUUUGUUUGAGCAAUGCACUUAGACCCGCCCCUACAACGUUACUCAACCAAUGAUGUGAGUUAGGGGUGUUUGUUUGAUGAACAGGAGAUGGGGGGCGUAUUCAGAAAGUUAUUUUGAAAACAAAGUUUAUUUUUGCAAUUCCAUUUGGUGCUGCUUGUGACAGAAAUUACAUACUUCAGCUUUAAAAACAGUUUGUACUGGUAUUUUGUUGGUACAAAAAUGCAGUUUGUAAAUACAAUACGUUAUCAUACAGAUGAAGGGUAUUUAAUGGCAUCUUAUUAUGUUUUUAAGAUGAGGUUUGCAUUUAAUCAUCAUAUUUAUAUAUUUGCUACAAUAAACCUCAUUCUCCAUGAAUGGACAUAAAGUCCUGCAGAAUUCAUACCAUUAGUCUAUAGAACAGCCAUUAUUUACAUUGCAAUGCAGUGACCAGCAUCUUUUCACUUUCCUACUAAAAUGUUUACAAAAGAAAUAACUGCUGAUGUCAAUUCAUAGUCUACAUGACUGCUCAGCAAAAGCUUUCCAAACUAGUAAAGAUUCCUCUGUUGUUACAUCAUGUGAGCCCUGAAAAGUCCAGGCCUUUCAAAAUUAUCAUAGCGUUAAACAAAUGCUGCUGCACAAACACUGCCUUUCCUCUUUGUCUGCCAGGCUUUGGGUUCAUGGCAUUUUGAACACAGCCUCCAAUUCACAGCCGAGGGCUAUUGCCCUGUCCUCAAGAACACUACUUGCACAACAGAAUGCUUGAAUACAUUUCUAUUAGGUCAAGGUUUUGGUAAUUCAUCACACUGCACUCUUUAAAUGUAUGUUACAUUUUCAGUUUUUAAAAAAUAUAUAACUUAUUCACCUUUUAUAAUAUUGUAUCUUGUGUGUUUUAAUGUUUAAGUCAUUAAAGACAUGUGUAGGAAACAAUAGGUUUAUUUAUAAGAAAUGUUGUGUGUGUGUGUUUGUGCGGUAUACAAAACAAGUGAGAAAGAGAGAGUAGACACCAUUAUUACUUUCCUGUGCAAAAAGGAAAGCAAAAAGAAUGGCAGGAAAAGACAAGAGGCCCAAUGUUAAAAAAAAGUGUGACAGAGAGAACGCAAAAGAGAGAGGAAUGUUAUUACUUCAUAAAUCAGACCUCUAAAUCUGAUACUAUACCCCAGACGUGUAAUCUCAAUCUUCAUUGUUUCUGCAUUGGAAGGUUUUUGUUUUUUUGAUAAUUGCAUUUUCCAUAAAAAUAUGUGCAGCAGAAAUGACUUCAGUAAGCAGUAUGAAUGGAAGUGUGUUGGUUUGAGUUGCAAGUAAAUCUA